UCCCGCUCUGCCCAAAACCCUAGCUUAUAUCCCUCUGCCUCCCGGUUCGCCUGAAACCGUCGACUUUAUGAACGAACCUUCGUGUUACCGUCGCCAUCAUAGCUAGCUGGGAAGGCAACGACGGGUUCAUGGUUUACAGAGGCCUCUGAAACUCUCAUCUUCCUCCUCCUUCCGCUCCGCUCCUACCAGAAACCUUGGAGAAAGCUCUGAUGUUUUAAUGUGGUGGAUAAGUUGUAUAUGAAUUGUGGAGGUGAUAUUUUGAUUUAUGCAAAUUUAUGAAGUCACACUAUCUAUUCGUGGUGUUGCCACCAUAUUCACAACCAUAUUCAGGACAGCUGGACAAUACGUGAUAGGGAAAGGUUGAAAUGGAGGUUGUUGGUGCCAGCGACGAAGGAUCAAAAAUCAUACACAAGAGGACCUCUUGUUUCGAAGUCUUAGAUGGUGUGCCGAUCUUAACAUUUGAUCCCUCUGUGGAGAACUUCCUUGCUAUUAUGGAAGUUAUCUCAGAGUUAUGCAAUGAAACUAAAGAGGAGAGCUUUGAGACAAGUGAGAUUGAACGGUUCAAUUCCAUGAUAGUUUUUGUGAGAGAAUGGAAGCAAUUUUAUUUCUGUGAAUGGAUGCCAUUUCAUUGCAAGUCAAAAACAGUCAAUUUUACCUAUCAGACUGAAUCUGCUGAGGCAAAAGAUGCCAUUAAUGGGAUAAAGUUACCUCAAUUUUCAUCAGCAGCUGUUCCAAAGAACGAUUUCAAUUUGGUGGAUAAAUUACCUAGUACAGGAUCAACAUUUGAAAAUGAUGAUUUUGUAUUGCAUGUUGGAGGAUCUGUUUGGGCUAUGGAUUGGUGUCCCAGGCUUUAUGAAAACAUUGGCUGUGAUGUUAAGUGUGAGUAUCUUGCAAUUGCUGCUCACCCUACUGGUUCUGAGUAUCACAAGAUUGGCGAACAAUUGACUGGAAGAGGUUUCAUUCAAAUAUGGUGCUUUCUGCAUUUGGUUGACAAGGAGGAAUCACUUAAUCCUAAAGUUGUGCGUCGCAGACGGGAACAUAACAAGAAGGGUAAUGAGGAUUCUUGUGUACCAAAAUGUAGUGUAAAGCGUAGAACUACUGCUCCUUCAAUUCCUGAUGAGAUUAUUGAAGGUAGUAAUAUUGCGGUUAUAGACGGUCCAUAUGGGCCAUUCUCGUUGAGAGAAAAUGCCAUCUCAAAUGAGUGCUGCAUGUCCAAUGAAUUUUACACGAAUGAGGAACUUAAGAACUCAUAUAGUGCAGGUAAUUUAGGUGGCAAUAAGCAAGUAUUUGAUUAUAUUGAUAAUCCCAUUGAUGAGGCAGGAAAGAGUAGAGGGAGGCCUAGAAAAUCCUCUGAUGCAAACACACCAAGACCCAGAGGAAGACCAAGGAAGUAUCCAAUCUCAAGUUCUAAUGAGUCUGGAGUUAUCCAUGGUGACCAGCAUUCAUCAUCACUUUUCACUACAGGCGAUAUUGGGACUUUGAGCAGAUCUAGUCCUAUUUCAAUUGGAAAUUACAUAGAUAAAGCAAGAAACAGUAGAGGGAGGCCUAGAAAAUCCUCUGAUGCAAAGACACCGAGACCCAGAGGAAGACCAAGGAAGUAUCCAAUUUUAAGUUCUAAUGGGUGUGGAGUUACCCAUGAUGACAAACAUUCAUCAUCACUUUUCACUACAGGCGAUAUUGGGACUUUGAGUAGGUCUAAUCCUAUUUCAGUUGGAAGUUGCAUCGAGAAUUUCCAGAAGGGAAUUAAUGGUGUGAGUGAUCUGAAUGAGCAAGGGGAAACACUUCCUUGUAGUGUAAUGCCAAUACAUGAUGUCUGUUCUCAGUUUCAUGUUGACAAUUCUGAUAUUCCGCAAGUUUCCUUUCUUCCACCUGGUUCAAAUGCAAAGGUUGGAUCAUUUUCUUCAGGGCUGAGGAGGUAUAGGGAGAGUUCAAUUCCAAGUGAGCACAGUAUUGUUCAACUAUCUCAGAACUUAUUAACGUUGCCUACUUCAACAGUAUCUGAGACUUCAAGAAAAGGUGUUGUGACAGAGAAGGCUUCAAAGGAAGUUUUCAAAGAUGUUGGAUGUGGUAUGGAAUCUUGUUUAACGGAUUGGAAUAGUGAAGUUAAUGAUGGAGCCAUCAUCAUUUAUGAUGACAAUGAUCAGGCUAUUAAAACAAAUGGUUCAUCACCUAUCAGAGAAAAUCAUUAUUUGGAGGGCAGUGUUCUACCUAGUCAUGUUGAUGAUUGUCAAAAAAUUGUUGCAGUAACUGAGAAUUUAGUUCAAGAUCACUCUUUUAUUCCUGAAGUUGAUAUAAAUGCCAAACUACAUCUGGGCUAUCUAGCUGUUUUGUUGGGUAAUGGUUCCUUGGAAGUGUGGGAAGUUCCAGUUCAUGGCUUGGUCAAGCUCUUAUAUACUGGUUGUCACAGUAAGGGUACUGAUCCUCGCUUUUUGAAAUUGCAACCUGUAUUCAAAUGCUCGAAGCUGAAGUUUGGACAAAGGCAAAGCAUUCCUCUUGCAUUGGAGUGGUCUCCUUCAGCCUCUCGUGAUUUAAUUUUAGCCGGAUGCCAUGAUGGAACGGUUGCCCUGUGGAAGUUCUGUUCAAAGCUUUCCUCUGAAGAUACAAAGCCCUUGCUAUGCUUUACUGCUGACACGGUUCCUAUACGAUCUCUUGCUUGGGCUCCAGAUGAUAGUGAUGUGGAAUGCUCAAAUUUGAUUGUGACUGCUGGACAUGAAGGCUUAAAAUUUUGGGACCUACGCGACCCCUAUCGUCCUCUAUUGGACCUUUGUCCAGUACAAAGAGCUGUGUUAAGUCUUGAUUGGUUGAAGAACCCCAGUUGCCUUGUCAUUGCAUAUGAAGACGGUAUCAUCAGGACACUAAGCUUGACAAAGAUAGCAAAUGAUAUACCUGCUACCGGGGAACCACUGGCUACAAAACAGCAAGGACUGCACUUUCAGUCUUGCUCAUCUUUUGCCAUUUGGAGUGUCCAAGUAUCACGUAGCACUGGUUUUGUUGCCUACUGUGGUUCAGAUGGUCGUACUUGCUACUUUCAGCUCACAGCUGAAGCAGUUGACAAGGGUUCAAGUCGAUAUCGUAAGCCACACUUCCUCUGCGGUUCUCUAGCCGAGGAUGGUCCAACUCUGGCCAUGAACACCCCCUUGAAAAGUGUUCCUUUACCUAAACAACCAUUAGCUUCAAAGGUGGUGGCUGAUGAGGCAAAACCAAUAAACUCCUCAAUGCCAGCAAACAAUACUAGCAGCCAGAAGAAGAGAAAAUGCAAUCCAAGCAAGCAAGCAGAAGCUGGAGAAGAUGGUGCAUUGCAAGAAACUGAGAGUAGGGGAGAUGAAUCGAGGCAAAAUAUUACUAGAUUUCCUCCCAAGAUUGUGGCCAUGCACAAGCUAAGAUGGAACAUGAAUAAGGGUAGCGAAAGAUGGCUGUGUUAUGGCGGUGCUGCUGGUAUUGUGAGAUGCCAGCUUGUGUCUCCCAGAUAGAAGAUUGAGGGUUUAGAAUUGGUUCAUCAUGCUAUAAGAGUUCGCUGCAUUGGUCCGUCGGCAAGGACAGAUUUUUUGGGGUACACACACACA